GCGAGCGCGGACUCUGCUUCACGCUCCGCUUCUCCUCCGUCCUUUAAGUAAUGCAGGCGACGUUGGGAGUCAUGAAUAACAAUUAUUCCGAGGAGGUGUAGCGCAGCAGACAGACGGUGCGCUCGCACUCGCAGCCCGGGUGCUGGAUGAGACUGAAUAAAACCGGAGGCACGAGGCGCCGAACGGCUUCUCGGGAGAAGAGUCUCGGGCGAGAACCGAAGUUUUUGCUGACGGCAGCCAUGAGGAAUUAGCUGCCAGAGAGAAACGGAUAUUUCCAGGCGCAUGGCUCGUACUUUUCCUUCCAUCUGAUCUUCUCGAGGCUCUGAGUGUGUGUGUGUGUGUGUGUGUGUGUGCGCGCGCGCGCGUGUGUGAGUUGGGUGUGUGUGUUUUUGGAGAGCAGACUCUAGCCCAGAUGUUAGUACACACUUACUCGGCCACGGACCGCCACGACGGGGUACCGGGCCACAGCUCGAGGCUGUCCCAGCUGGGCUCGGUGUCGCAGGGCCCGUACGCCAGCGCGCCGCCGCUCUCGCACACGCCGUCCUCGGAUUUCCAGCCGCCGUACUUCCCUCCGCCCUACCAGCCGCUCCCGUACCACCAGAGCCAGGACCCGUACUCGCACGUGAACGACCCGUACUCGCUGAACGCCCUGCACCAGCCGCAGCAGCACCCGUGGGGCUCGCGCCAGCGCCAGGACGUCGGCGGAGAGGGCGGCUCGUUGCUCCAGCAGCCUCGAGCGUCGCUGCCCCAGCUUUCGGGGCUGGACCCGCGGCGGGACUACUCGUCCGUACGCCGACCGGAUGUGUUGCUGCACUCCGCGCCGCACGCGCUCGAGGCGGGGAUGGGGGACACGCUAUCGCUGCACGGCCUCGCGCAUGGAAUGGAGGAAACGCAGGUGAGGUUUUUUGCUGUGGAAGACGCCAGCAACAGCGGAAUUAACAUCUUGGAUCAAUCCGUUAUUAAAAAAGGUAAACUAGUCCCACUCCCGCACAAGAGCGUGACUUCCCUGAUGAUGAGCAAGGACGGUCUGAUCGGCGGCAUCACCGUGAACGUCAACGAGGUGUUCUGCUCGGUACCGGGCCGCCUUUCGCUCCUCAGCUCCACCUCCAAGUACAAAGUGACGGUCGGCGAAGUACAGCGGCGGCUCUCUCCGCCAGAGUGUCUCAACGCCUCGCUGCUCGGCGGUGUGCUUCGCAGGGCGAAGUCGAAGAACGGAGGCCGGUCUCUCAGAGAGAAGCUGGAGAAGAUCGGCUUGAACCUGCCCGCGGGGAGACGCAAGGCGGCCAACGUCACUCUGCUGACGUCACUGGUGGAAGGGGAGGCUGUCCACUUAGCCAGGGACUUCGGCUACAUCUGUGAAACCGAGUUUCCGACCAAGGCCGUGUCCGAGUACCUCAACAGACAGCACACGGACCCCAACGAGAUACACGCGCGCAAAAACAUGCUACUGGCUACAAAGCAGCUGUGCAAAGAGUUCACGGACCUGCUGGCGCAAGACCGCACCCCGCUGGGGAACUCCCGGCCGGCGCCCAUCCUGGACCCUGGCAUCCAGAGCUGUCUGUCCCACUUCAGCUUCAUCACGCACGGCUUCGGCUCGCCCGCCAUCUGCGCCGCGCUCACCGCCCUGCAGAACUACCUGACCGAGGCACUGAAAGGACUGGACAAGAUGUUUCUCAACAACCAGACCUCCAGCCGGCACACCCCGGCCGACGGGCCCGGCUCCAAGGGCGUGGACAAGGAGGAGAAACACCGGAAAUGA